AAAAAAACAGACUGAAAAAUUAAGGAACUUUGUAUAUUUAAGUGCUCUGGCCGAUUUUUCUUUUUUUCUUUUCAAUUUUUUUUUUGCUACAACUACUUUUUUACUUUAAUCUUUUCUUAACCUCCUCUCUUUUUCCCAAAACCUUUAUAACAAACUUUACAGAAAAAUAUCCAUGACUGCUUUUGCUCGUGCCGAGAACAUUGGUGUUUGUGCCAUUGAUGUCUACUUUCCCAGCCGCUACGUCGAGCAGUCCGAGCUCGAGCAGCACGAUGGCGUGUCAUCCGGCAAGUACACCAUUGGCCUGGGCCAGAGCAAGAUGGCAUUCUGUGACGACCGCGAGGAUAUCUCCUCUGUCUGCAUGACAGCCGUGCAGAACUUUAUGGAAAAGAACAACAUCUCCUACAGCGACAUUGGUCGGCUCGAGGUCGGUACCGAGACUAUAAUCGACAAGAGCAAGUCGACAAAGACCGUCCUCAUGAAGCUUUUCGAGGAGUCUGGAAACUUCAACGUCGAGGGUGUGGACACCACCAAUGCGUGCUACGGUGGAACCUCAGCGCUGUUCAACGCCUGCCAGUGGAUGGACUCGUCGGCCUGGGAUGGUCGCCUGGCGCUGGUGGUCGCUGGAGACAUCGCUGUCUAUGCCAAGGGCAAUGCCCGGCCAUCGGGCGGCUGCGGCAUCGCCUGCAUCCUUGUGGGCCCUGAUGCCCCGCUGGCGCUGGAGUUCCCUCUGCGUGGUACCUUUAUGGAGCACAUUUACGAUUUCUACAAGCCCAAUAUGUCCUCCGAGUUCCCGACCGUCGAUGGCCCGCUUUCAGUCACCUCCUAUGUGCGUGCCGUCGACCACGCGUACUCAGCGUACAUGGAUAAGCUGGAGAAGGUCGAGGGUGUCCACAAUGCGUCUCUGAAGGACCUGGACUACGUCAUCUUCCACUCCCCCUACACCAAGCAGGUGGUCAAGGGAUUCGCACGCCUGAUGUACAACGACUUCAUGCGCGCGCCCGAGGCCGAGGAGUUCGCCGAGGUGCAGCAGUUCCGGGAGAUCGAGCGCGAAGAGAGCUACACCAACAAGGUUCUCGAGAAGGCCUUCAUCACAGUAUCCAAGCGCGAGUUUGCGCAGAAAACCGAGCCGUCACUUUUGGCCGCGCGCAAUAUCGGUAACAUGUACACUGGGUCGGUGUUCUUUGGCCUCGCCUCGUUGCUUUCCCAGAUAUCCUCGGAGGAGCUUCAGGGUAAGCGCGUAGCCCUUUUCUCUUAUGGGUCUGGAUGUGCUGCGUCCGUGUACUCGUUCCGUGUGCGCGGCGAUACCGCUGGUAUUUCGGCCAAGGUUGAUUUGAAGAAGAGGCUGGAGAGCAGAAUUAAGGCUUCCCCCCAGGUGUUUGAGGAGAUUAUGAACUUGCGUGAGAAGACGCACAAUGCUAGCGAGUACUUGCCCCAGGGUGACGUUGAGUCGAUGUUCCCUGGCACUUAUUAUCUGCAAAAGGUCGAUUCUAUGCACCGCCGUGCCUAUGGUCGCACCCCUCUGAACUAACUACAAAAAAAGCCUUUAUUUUUAUAGAACCAAUUUUAAUUUUGCAAACAAAUAGUAAUGCUUUGACUAUUUAAUUUUUCUAAUUAUGUCUGGCAAGAAUAUAGAAGAAAAAAUAAGAGAUAAGGCAAAUGAGUGAUAUUUUGCCUUUGAACUUUCACCGUUGAUAGCAGCCAUGGUAAAGGCUCACUUUCCACGGUCCAGACUUACGAUGCCCAGCCUGUAUAGGCGUGGAAGCACAGUCAG